AUGGCACGUGUCCGUGCCUACCCGCCCCACCUCAUACGGCCAACAUUGGUUGCCCCCACGACAGGCCUGUACGACACCGUGGAGGGCCUGUCGUACUUUGUACGGUGCACGCACCCUGCGCUGGAGCUUACGACGCUGACGACCGCACAGCAGGGUUGCGUGUACGACGACGAGUGCCUGGAAGUACGGCCGGUCUGGAGGAACUCGCUGCUGUGGCAGAGGGCUUCGGCGGCGGCGGCGGCCCUUCGUGCGGCGUACGACACUGUAUCCCGAGGGAAAGAAGAAGCGCCGCCAUCGGUGUCGGAGGCGUCGUGGGAUUUAGGAUCCUGCAGUACGGCAAGUACUACCGCCUGCGACGACGGGGAGGAGGCGGAAGAGAGCCCGAAAAGAACAAGCGGCAGUAGCGGUGGCGGCACCGGCAGCAGCAGUAGCAGCAAGGGUGGGGUCCCUGAGAGUGGUGGAGAUAGCAGCAGCGAUGUGAGAGACGGCGGAGCGGCCCAGCGGAGCGUCGUCCAGCGGGUGUACGGAGUCGUACGACAUGGUCGCGCGGCAUCAGGCGGAGGCGCUGCCGCCGCCGCAGCGGUCGUGUGCUGGCUGCAGCUGUCGGCGGCGGCGGUGGCGGUGGCGUGGACCUGCGGCAACUUUGACCUCGAAGGUGUACGGCGCACGGCGGCAGCAGCGGCGGCGGCGGCGGCAACCCCUAGCAGCACCGUCGCCGCCAGGCGGGUUACGCUGCCAGGGCUGCAGCCGCCGCCGCCGUCGUCAACGCGACAACCGCCGCCGCCGCUGCCACAACCGUCACCACAGCGAACUAAGGCGACCCGGCCGCCAGACGACAACCCGCUUGCCUACCUCCUCUACCUGAAACACACCCGUCAGGCGGUGUUGGUAGUUGCCGCCGGCGACUUGGCUGCCGUACGGUCGCUGGCGGCUCACCCCGUGUCGAAGCUGCUGCGCCGAGCGCCGUCGGGGUUACUGCUUGCGGUAACGCACGUGGCGGCGGCGGAGGUGACGUGGCAGCGGCGGUACCGCCAGCUGGCGGAGCGGCAGCUGCCCGGGCCGCACGUGUGGCCCAAGCCUGCCGCCACCGCGGCGGCGACGGCGGCGGCGGAGGCAGUGCCGCCGCCGCCGCUGGCAGGACUUGGCCAUUUGGGUUCCGCUAGGGUGACGAUGCGGCUCAACGCGGUGGCACCGGCCACCUUUCCGUUGCCGUUCGAGCUGCGUGUACGGCAAUGUGCGGCGGCGGGGCGACGUGGCGUGGCGAAUGAGGACGUUAGGGAACGUGGUGUGGACGCUGUGGACCGGCAGCUGGAGGACAACAUUGCUGCCGCCACCGCCGCCACCGCCACGGCAAUGGAACCGGCGGCGAAGCCGGCGGCGUUGCGCGAGGUGGUGUCCAAUGCCGGCGACAAGCGUACAGGACCCAGCUCCCAGCCGUUACACGGUCAGCGGCAACAGCUACAGCCGCCGCCACGAGCACUGGCGGAGCCGGAAGAUCGGCCUCAGCUGCAGCUCGUUGCGGAGCGCGAUGAGCCGCGGGAGGGCACUGAACCAGCAGCUACAGCCACAACGGUGGUUGGUAAUGGGCACGUGGCGGCGGCGGCGGCGGCGGCCGCACAUCGACCGAUGGGUCGCAAGGCCAAUGGCGACCGCCGGGGGGCUGCCGGGAUCAUCACGCAACGCCGCAACGCGGUAAAAAGCCGUGUCGCGUCGCUGCUAGAUACGCUGACGGCGACGUGCGUUGUCGUACAACAUGGCGGCGGCGGUAGCGGCGGCGGCGGUGGCGGCACCGGAGGAAAAUCCCGGGGCUUCUUAACUUCCGACACGGACGAUGACAGCAGUAGCAGUAGCAGUAGCGGUAGCGGUAGCGGCGGAGAGCAACAGAAGCAGACGCAGAUCCAGAAGGCGGAAAAGAAGCACGAGUGUCAGCGGCUGGUAGCGGCGGCGGUCCUGGUACAUUGGUGGGAUGACGGCCCGGGCGAUGGCGGCGGCGGCGGCGGCAGGAUGGGAAACGAGGCGGCGGCGGCGGCGGACUUGGUUCCGGAGCAGAUGCUUCCACCGGUGGCGGAGGUGCAGCGGAGGCUGUUCUUGGAGAGAAGAGAUACCGGGUUGUUGCAGAUGUUGCAGGCGAUCUGCUCUACACUUCCGCAAGGUCAGUCGUCUGUUAAGCUGGGUAACGCAUUGUUCUUUUCCUAUCACUACACUUGCCCUUGGGAUGUCCUGGUUGGAUGUCUGCAUUGGCUUUCUGCCUUUGGGCCCUGUCGACCGUGGCCGUGUGUGAACUGCGUGGGAGACUCUCCCAGUUCCAUCCGUCACCAGCCGGAAUGCUGUACCCCGCGAGUUGCGGUCAAAGCUGACCCUAAGUGUGCCGCCCCGCAGCCACCGCCUCCAUUCGAGUGCACCUUUAUCGGUUCGCUGAACCGCCGCCAGUUAGGCGGACCUCCUAAGCUAGCUGCCUCUUGCAGUUGCUAA